AUAGUUGAUUCCGUUCCGUGAUAUCUAAACAAUAUAGAGGAUAUAUCCAAACAAGGAUAUAUUUAUACAUAUAUUGUAGCCCUACCGUCACAUCCUCAACCACAAAAUACUAUUGGUAUAUCCACCAUCGAUGGACGCAGAAGAAGUGCUGAAGCUCUUUGAUUCUUGCUGGUUCAACCUUGAAAUCUUCAAGGAACAGCCAUCUUCGUCGAGUUCUAAGUCAAACACAGAUCAGCAAAUUCAAGAAGAACCAUCAAAACCAGUUCUCUCGCGGAGCCAAACAAGGCAUAUCAGGUCCAUAAGUGACCAGCUGAGCUCCGCGACAAGCUUCAAUCCUGGCUCUUUCUCUCCAGAUACAAUCCUCGUACCAAAGCUUCAACCCAUCUUCUCGGGAAGAGAAAUCAGAGAGGAGGAAAAUUCAACCGAAACACGUGCUGGAAAAGCUUCGCCCAAAAGGAUUACGCUUGCAGGCCGAAGAACAAGAAAAAAGGGUAUGAGCAAGAGCUUGUCAGACCUUGAGUUUGACGAGCUAAAAGGCUUUAUAGAUCUGGGGUUUGUUUUCUCAGAAGGAGCUAAGGAUUCAAACUUGGUCUCAAUCAUCCCCGGGCUGCAUAGAUUGGGGAAGAAAGAUGGAGAAGAAGAGAACACAGUCGACGAAUCAGCAGUCCCAAGACCUUACCUUUCUGAAGCAUGGGAGGUGCUCGACAGAAGAAAGAAAGAGAACCCAUUGAUGAAUUGGAGAGUUCCAGCUCUGAGCAGUGAAAUAGACAUGAAAGAUAACCUCAAAAGCUGGGCUCACACAGUCGCAUCCUCAGUGAGAUGAUGAUGAUUUCUGGAUCGAAAGUUUUGCUCCUGAUUUUUUCCUGUAAAUCUUGUUCCCAUAGGAGUUUUUUUUCUUUGUAAAUCUCGAUUUGUUGUUUGAUUUUUUCAAAUUUUUGGUUUCUGAAUUGCAAAUGUAGAUAAAGAUGUAUACAAAUUUGAUUUGUGGAGAUUCUUUGUCAAUGGGUCAA